UACUGGGUAGAAGUAAACAAUCACAACAACUGCUGCGUCAGAUUCAAGCACAUGAAACGUGACUUGCUUGUCAUGGAUUUCUUCAUUGUUGUAUGUCUAAUGGAUUAAGUCCCCAAAAUUUGUAUUAUACUCAAUUAACGGCUCAUGGUUUAUAUAAUAAAGUACCUACAAAAGGACCAUGGAAUGUUAUUGAUACCCAAUUUGAGAAUCAACAAUGAACGGGGCUAAAAUCAACAUAUAACUACAGAGCCACGUACUGUCCGCAUCAAGGACAAGAUAACACAAUUAGGAUAAAGAUAGAGGAACCCAAGAAUAGGAGCCUAACCUAACCUACGUAGAAGGCAACGUGGAAAAUCUACGACUCAAGAAAAUGGAGCUUAAUGAAGAAGAGAAACAUGAAGAUCAACAUUUAGGCCAAGAUGAAGAGCAAGACUUGCAUUCAUUGAAACCUAGGCCUUGGCCUAUGUCACCUAGUAUGGGUAAACGAGUGAGAUUUCAAUCAGAAAAAGGUAAGAUGUAUAAUUUUGAUCUUCUGGUUGAUGAAUUCAAAAAACAAAAGAGAUUGUUGGGCAAGAUAAAUAAGGAAGCAGAUUUGGCACUUUCUAAAAAUGAUUGUAAUGUAGGCCUACUACAGGAUGUUGCAAAUAGGCUUCAAAUAGAAUUAAAGAAUAUUGACAUAACUCUCUCUAAAGUGAAAGAAUCAGAAAUACCAGAGGUUGACAUUGUACAGAGUUUAGAGUAUAAUUACCAGGAAAUAUGCUUUGAAAUUCACACUAGGUUAACAAAAUUAAAAGAAAAAAUGAAACAUGACCAAGAUGAUAAAAUGUCAAAUGUGUCUCUAAAGUCAAAGUCUUCAUCUAGUAGGUCACAUCAUACAAGUGUAAGUAAAUCUUCACGUGUUUCUAGUACUAAGAGAAUAGAACUAAGCACAAAACUGGCUAGGUUAGGCACAGAAAGAAAAUACCAUGACAUAAUGGAGAAGGCUAGAGCAGAUUUAAAGAAAUUAGAAAUUGACAAAGAUAAAUUGAAGCCACUAAUGCUGAGAUAUGUGCAGUUAAUAAAAAGUUUUAGAGGAAGAAAAUGA